AUGGCAUUCUUGACUCGGGGCGCCAGAAGUCUCCUCAAAAGUCAGACUUAUCAAUUAGAAAGCACCUCCAGCUGGAACCUGUCAAAAACGGUCUCAUUCUCCACGCGACGGCUCAUUUCGAACAUCCACCGCCCAUCACUUCACAACAUCACACCACGGGCAUGCGUGAAGAGGCAAAUACUUCAAUUCCUUGCUAUAUCGCUAUCAUCUUCAUCACCAGCCAGGAUGAUCGACUCUAAACGUACUCCAUCCAUCCCCUUCAACCAUAAUGAAGCCGAUGUUAUCGAGAAGAACAUGCUCGACGACGGCUUCCGGACAUGGGGCCUCGUCGUCUACAGAUGCACUUACAAGAGCGACUCUGACUGGAAGGAGUUCAUGCGUCGCUUUCUCUAUCAUGUGAGAGACACGCUCGAGUAUUACGACGGCCUCGAUAUGCUCGAUUCAUUCGUGCCUACGGUGAUGGAUGACAAGACGCGGUUUGAUAGCGUGACUCCAUCUAUUGUGCGUGAUUAUUUCAACCAGUGGGCGCGUACUACGUGUGAAACCGAGCAAGGCGUUCCGUUUGAUCGUGCCCAGUGGGCAAAUACGGCACGGUAUAAAUUCUGUAUCAUGGUUGAUGAGGAGACGUUGCAGUCAGUUCUGGACAUUCCACCUGAGGAUGUCGAGGGUUAUAAUAACACCGGCUUUGUGGUUCUGGUCAAUGGCAGGUGGGAGCCGCGAUUCCUGAGUGAAGAGGAAGGUUAUACCAGUCCGCCGCAAGAGAAUAAUUUCGAGCCAGUGCAGGGGUGCACGCUGGAAGAUGUGGGCUGGAUGAAAGUGUGCUAUGAUCGGGCUCAGAUAGUGGCCUCUGCUUUUAUGCGCGACGGUUUUGACUGGGAGGCGCAGUAUAGGCGUCCUCCUGAGAUUACUUUCAACUGCUGA